AUGGUUCUGCUACGAAGCGCCCAGACCGAGAAGUAUGUGAUUCUCUUCGUCGUGGUCACCCUCUGCAUAAGCUUCCUCUAUGAGUUCGAGACCCUCACGGGAGUAACGUUGAACGAGGCCGGACACUCCGUCCUUCAGAUACUGCCUUCUCUCCGUAAAGGCAGUGGACCGGGCGGAGGACCACCUCCUAAAGAGGUUAAGCAUGAAGACCUUUUCAAUAUCCCGCCUGUGGACGAUGAGUCCAUCAAGGCCGUCUGCAGAGCAACGCAGUGGAACGAGAGCUUAGUUUUCACCUGCAACCAGUCGUUCGGGGGCAUUGGGAAUAUCCGCAACUCGGUCUUGUUAUGUGUUCGGUUCGCCAUGCAGGCCGGGGCUGCCUUGGUACUCCCUCAGAUCCUCCUACGGGAUGACGAUAUCACGAACUAUCAGACACAGAAUGCGACCGAAUUCAGCUACAUGUUCGACACGCAACACUUUUACAAAUCCAUGCAGCAGUCCUGCCCGGAGAUGGCGAUUUAUUCAACCUUUGAUGAGGUCAUCAAGGGUGGCAAUCACACAGGCGACAUAAAUCGACUGCGCUUCCAAGCAGAGUCUCUCACAGGCGAUGGGCUGAUCAAGACAGAGAUGUGGCGCGACAGGUUUUACGCCUGGCUAGACGAAAAGCAGGCCGGGCCCGUGAGCGGAAAACCGGGCCCAACAGUCCUCGAUCUCGAGCGCUGUUACAUGUCUUACCCCAUCUACUCUGACGGGGAAGCAUUCGCAUUGUCAUUCGGCUUGACCUUGCAGCUGCGGGAGGACAUCAGGUUGUUGGCUAGUAAAGUCCUGAGGGGCCUAGCGAAGAGGCUAUCGUUCGCCGACACCGACCUCAAGAACGAGGUCUUGCCUGAUGCGUAUUUCGGGGCACAUCUCCGCGUUGAGCAUGACGCGCAGGUCACCUGGAACGCCCAGUACGGAUGGACCCAUGCUACCUACGAGAAGCAGGCCGAGGACUACCUGAAGCAGGCUUUACAGCCCAGCAGGUCCAGCCCAAAAGGAAUCUACGUGGCCUCGGGGGACGUCGAAGGAACACGGCGGUUUGUCGAAGAUGCUGCCCGCAACAACCUCACAGCUCUGGGCAAGUUUGACGUACUGCGAGGCACUGAGGACUUGAAAACCCUGGAGGCCUUCAGGUGGGACCAACAGGCGCUUGUCGACUAUCUGAUCCUCUUGAGGGCGUCAGACUUCGCUGGUGUUGCGCACUCGAGUUUCUCCUGGAGCAUUGCCCUCAAACGCCACACUUGGGCAAAGCAGGAGGGCAAAUAUCUGGAUGCCCCGGAGAAGUUACACGACGAUUUAAGUGUGGUUUAUGGGGUUGUGGGGUCGGAGAAUUUCCCCGAGGCUUUGUGGCCUUAG